AUGCAAGCAUUGGAAUGGGAUAAUAUGGGAGUGAAAACCGACUGUGGGCAGUUACACCAUCUUCGCUUUGCUGAUGACAUCGUCCUUAUAACACCAAAUAUUAGCCAAGCGGAACGUAUGCUUGACGACUUUGAUAAAUCCUGUGGAAAAAUUGGUCUUCGAUUAAAUCUUACAAAAACGAUGUUCAUGAAGAACGGAUUGGUUUCGCAUGCUCCAUUCACGCUCAACGGAACAAAUAUCUCCGAAUGCUCCAGUUAUAUCUAUCUAGGUCAGGAAAUCAAUAUGAUGAAUGACUUAGCUCUAGAGUUGAGCAGGAGGAAAAUAGCGGCUUGGGGAGCUUUCAGGAGCAUCGAGGACGUAGUGAAGAGAACAAGGAACACCUGA